GUACUGUGUACUCACAAUGACUCUGCUCUAACUCAGCAACGAGUUUCCAUAAUUUCUUGGAGCUAAUUAAUUUUACAGUGUAGAAUGAAGUUUAUUAUUUAUGUUCUUGUGCAUAUAGGCUAAAUUAGUACUGUGUUAUGCUAUUAAUCACAUAGCAUAUUGAUUUUUGUUAGUGGGUUAAUCACUCUUUCUCGCGCUCAUAUUAGUUGUUGGUGGCUACUGGUUAAUGAGUAACUAAAAAAGGCAUUUUAGUUACUCAAACUGUGAACAUUUGAACACAGAAAACUUAAGUUAACUUUUUACCAGUCCUGUCCUGAAGUUAAUCGACCCUACAUGCUCACCACGCCCACUUGUUUAGUUCACAGCUAAAACAAGGCAAGCCUGUCGCGUUUAAACCACUGUGUGUUAGGUCCAUGUGGCAUUUAAACCAAUUUGCAGCCCCAGGACAAAGAGGAAAACCACGCAGAACACUGAACUGUUUAUUAAGAGAGUAAAGAUGGACAACUGGACAGCGGCUCUGCUCACUGGUGUUGCCUGCAUUGUGGGAUACCUGGUUGUGCGAGUGAAAAAGAUCAACAGCCUCCGACAGGCAGAAGAAAAGAUCAAGAGAGCCAGAAACAGGAGAGAUGAGAGCUUGCAGCGGGCAGAGCAGGCGGUGCUCCGGUACAAACAGUCGCAUCCGACAACUGACUCUGCUUUGAUCCUGACGCUCUCCCUGUCUGAGCUGACACAGCAGCUGAACAAAGGUUUACUGAACCCCGAGGAUGUGCUUUACUCUUACAUGGAAAAGACUCUGGCUGUAAACAAAAAGCUGAACUGCUGCACUGAAAUUUUGCUGGAGAGUUUGGACCAGCUGACAACUGUUGGCUCCAACAAGGAUGGUCUCUUGUACGGAGUUCCAGUUAGCAUCAAAGAAAAUCUUGCAUUUAAGACUCAUGACUGUUCUUGUGGUGUGAUCAUAAACCUGGACCAGCCCGUUAAAAAGGACAGUGUGCUUGUUCAAGUCCUGAAGAAACAAGGAGCUAUUCCCUUUGUGAGAACCAACUUGCCUCAAGCCCUUUUAAACUAUGACUGCAGUAAUCCUAUCUACGGGCAGACUGUGAACCCUCAUAACCCCCAGAAGACCUCUGGAGGUUCAUCUGGUGGGGAGGGGGCUCUCAUCGGGGGAGGGGGCUCCCUGCUUGGUAUAGGCACUGAUAUAGGUGGCAGUAUCCGUAUUCCUGCGUCCUUCUGUGGAAUCUGUGGUUUCAAACCAACUGCAGGUCGGCUCAGUUUACAGGGGCUUCGUCCAAUUUAUCGAGGGCAAAAGUCAGUGCCGUCAUCUGCUGGACCCAUGGCAAGAGAUGUGGACAGCCUGGCUCUGUGCAUGCAGGCACUUCUUUGUGACCACAUGUUUUCUUUGGACCCCACUGUUCCACCAUUACCUUUUAACAUGGAGAUAUACAGAAGCUCCAGACCUCUAAGGAUUGGUUAUUUGGAGAGCGAUGGCUACAUGCAUCCAUCUCCAAGCAUGGCCCGAGGCGUCAGAGAGGUCAAAGCUCUGCUAGAGCAAGCAGGGCACACACUCGUCCCUUACUGUCCACUGAAGAUGGAUCAAAUUAUCCCUGAACUAUUUUUAAAGGGUGUAUUAGCAGAUGGAGCUACCACCCUGCUACAAAAACUGAAAGGGGGACCUGUGGACCCUUGUCUGGAGCCUCAGGUUUUUCCUUACGGCUUUCCCAAGUGGUUGAAGAAAACCAUUUCAUUCUUGCUCAAACCCGUGUUUCCUCGUGUUUCUGCCACCUUUGGUGCUCUUUGUGGAGUUGGAUCUGUUCCAGAUCUGUGGAAGCAACAUGCUGCUGUUGAGGACUACAUUCAUGAGACAAUAGCACAUUGGAGGAGCUGCAACAUCGACGUGCUGCUGUGUCCUAUGACUGGACCAGCCUACAACUUCUUAUACUGUGGCAAACUUUUAAAUGCUGUUAGUUACACGAUGCUCUACAAUGUCCUAAACUUUCCUGCGGGUGUAGUCACUGUUUCCACAGUGACCACAAAGGAUGAGGAGGAACUCAAACACUAUAAGGGCUGUUAUCAGGACAUGUGGGACAAACUCUUCAAAGAGGCAGUGACCGGUGGCGAGGGUCUACCUGUGGCGGUUCAGUGUGUUGCUCUGCCGUGGCAGGAUGAGCUCUGCCUGCGCUUCAUGAAGGAAGUGGAACAACUGGCCAAAGAAAGCAAGAAGUAAAGCUGCUUUCUUUCUGAGUCUCACAGGAGAGGCUGCAGACUUCAGAGGAAACAUGUUAACUUGAGUAUUUCCUGUAAUAAUGAGCUAAUCGAGUCAUAAAUGGAAUAUUCUCUGCACUACAAGCUUAAUCUAGGCACUUUCUGUUUUUUGUCUGUUUGCUAAAGGUUAAAUAAAAGUUAACUGGCAAAAUUAUGCAUUUGUUUUUUUUUUUUGUUCUUAUAUUUUAAA